ACGAUUUAAUAUUGUAAAUUGGAUUUGGGCGAGAUUUAAAUUAGCCGCUCUUGCUGGGUUAUCGCGUUGGCCAAUAGCUAUCAACCAUGCUCAGUCCGUUCUGUUGUCCGACAAGUGCAUUGCCGCCAUUGCGUGUGUUUGUUAUAAUUGCGUUGAAAGUGUUUUUCUUUUAUAAUCUGUGGUGUUUUUGUUUAUGGUUGUCAGGUCGCACAGAACAUAAGUUAUUGUUAUACAUUGUUAUAUGGUUAAACAUUGUUUUAUGGUUGGCAGGUCGCCUACAUUCACUCUGUGCCUACAUUGUUGUUAAAGUGUUUUAAAGUACGUUGACUUUGGUUUUGUAUGUGUCGUUUUUAUCAUGGAUGAACAUUCGUUAAACCGUGUGAGACAACAAUUACUUACAGAAAUGGCGUUGGAGGAAUUGUAUGUUUAUUUUGCAGCGUUUUUUACAAACUUAAUAUCCAUCAAUGUGGGUGCUGCUUUCGCGUGGACUUCACCAGUGUUGCCAAAAUUUAAACAGCUCGGCAAAGACAACCCUUUGGCACAAGCAACAACGACCUCCGAAGAUGCUUGGAUCACCUCCCUCAACUGCUUAGGGGCGGCAUUCGGCCCCAUCAUCUCCGGAUACCUUUCGGAGAAAUUGGGACGGAAAAAAACUUUGCUACUUUUUUCGCUGCCCAUGAUAGUUUGUCAAAUAAUAACAAUGUUUGGUGAUAAAGUGUACGUUUUCCUCGUGGCGAGAUUUUUGUGGGGACUCGGAAUGGGCUGUGUUAUGUCGGUGGUUCCUGCUUUUAUAGGUGAAAUUUCCGAGGAUAAGAACAGGGGGUUGUUGGGAGUUUUUAUGUCACUGUUGGUAACAAUUGGUAACAUACUUAUGUAUGCUGUGGGGCCUUUUGUUAAUAUGACGAUACUGGGAUUGGUGAAUUUGAUACCAUUGCUUUUGUUCUUGAUUACGUUUGGUUUAUUGGUGCCUGAAACGCCGUAUCAUUUCCUGAAAAACGAUGACAAAGUAAAAGCAAGAGAGUCUCUAAUAAGAUUCAGAGGUAAAAAUUGCGACGUAAAGAAGGAGCUGGAGCAAAUGACGAUGGUUAUAGAAGAAUCCAACGCUAGUAAGGCUUCGAUAAAGGAUAUGUUUUCCUCUAAACCUUUGAAAAAAGGCUUAAUGAUAUCCUGCGGUUUAUUCUUCUUCCAACAAUUCUCAGGAAUUAACGCUGUAUUGGGAAACAUGGAGACAAUCUUUCAGGCUGCAAAGAGUUCCUUUCCUGCUGAAUACGCUGCCAUUUUUUUGGGUGUAAUACAGAUGAUUGUGACCUUUUUAGUUUCCCAACUGGCCGAUAGAUUAGGCAGGAAAAUAUUGUUGUUAAUAUCGAGUUUAGGCUCUUGCCUGUCUAUUGCUUGUUUGAGCGUGUAUUUUGCUUUAAGCUCCAACGAAUACGAUGUGAGCUCUGUCUCAUGGUUACCCAUUCUUAGCCUUUUAAUCUAUAUUAUUUGCUUUAAUGCAGGUCUGAGUUGCCUGCCGUUUGCAAUCUUAGGUGAAAUAUUCCCUGUUAAUUUCAAAUCAUUGGCAUCAUCCAUGGCCACUUGCGUUAACUUGUUCUUGGCCUUUUUGGUGACCAUGUUCUAUCCCCACGUUUCUGAAGCGUUAGGUUUGGCCGGUUCAUUCGGGCUCUUUGCUCUUUUUUGUUUCAUCGGAUUUUUGUUUACGUUGUUCGUUGUGCCCGAGACAAAAGGAAAGAGUUUGGUGGAAAUACAAAGGAUUUUAAACAAUGAGGAUGUUGUAGUAUAGAAUAGCAUUUAUGUGAUAUAAUAGUGUUAAAUAAAACGUAAUAAAUGCAAAAACAUAUUUACUUACCUGUUACCUGAUGCUGUAAAGCUAUAAUUGGAAUGUUUAUGUAGCAAAAUAUUUGUAUAUUUUUUAAAUAAUAAUU